AUGGGUCGGUGGGGAUUUCUUCGGCAUUUGAUUGUGUUCAGUUUCGUUUCUCUGGCAAUCACAAGGACUUUUAGAGAAAGACCACCAGUGAAUUGUGAUAGUCUUGGCGGAUGCACUUGUGCGAUUCUCAACGAUGAACAAGCGAAUUGCAAAUGUCCACGACAAGAGUCAUGCUAUGUGCUAAAGGGAGCUCCUCGUCUGACGAUCACACCCGAUCCACCAUACGAAGUACGAGCAGGACAAGGAAUCAAUAUCACUUGUUCGGCUGUCUCUUAUCCUUUCCCAAGAUUGUUCUGGAUCAGCACUGAUCAAGCGGUUCCAAAUGUGAACGAGAAUCCAUUCGCUUACAUGAGUGAACAAUAUCUGAUCAUCAAGAGUCUCUACAAAACGGAAAGAUUUACUUGCAUAGCGUCAAACUCUUUGGGAAAAGUGCAGCGAACGAUUGAAGUGAGGGUAAAUGGUCCCGGAACUCCACCCAUUCUCACAGCUCUCCGUCCUGAUCGAGAAUCAAUCUUUUUCCGAUGGGAUCCGCCACUUGUUGUGAAUAAUCCAUUAACAAGAUGUGCUGUUUAUUACACAGAAAAUCAACAUCAACCAUUUGAGGAAUGGAAAGUCGACUAUGUGAAUGGGCAAGCAAAAGAAAUGUCAAUCUACGGACUUCGUCCAUCAACUGAAUACUUUAUUCGAUUGCAAGCAUUUGACACAAAAGGACCAGGAGUUGUUUCUAAUCCGAUUUCGGUUACAACAAGACCCCCAGCUGUGGCUCCUCGAAUCACAAUUCUUGAGGGAAUGGAUGUUUGGAUUGAUUCUGGAGCUUCUCUUGAUAUCACUUGUAAUGUCAGUGCUGAUCCGACUGCUAUGAUCACAUGGCUUCACGGAAACAAAGUCAUGUCAAAGCCCGAACGGAGUGCAGUCUCAAAAAUGCAGAUGUGGGGAUUAAGAGAGAGUACGAAGUUUACUUGUGAGGCUCAAAACGAGAUGGGCACUGAUCGAAGGACGAUUAGAGUGAAUGUGAGAGGUUCUUCUCAACGCCAGCUUCCAUUCCAAAACCCUCAACGACUACAGACAAAAGCCUUUUCUUUGCCAAUUUAUACAACAAGAAAAUGGAUUGAUCCAAAAUUUUCUUCGAAAACUGUGGAAAUGAUUAAGUAUUCGGUGGACAAUGGAGAGGCACAGAAAGAAGAAAAUCGAUCUGAAUAUGAUGAUGAUGAAGAAAUAACAACAAGGAUUACAAAGAAAAGGAUUAGACAAAGACCGAAACCAACACCUCCAAAUUUCCCAGUGACACAGUGGAUUAUCAAGACUACUUCUACGACUCCACUGCCAUUCCACGACAGCCGAGACAUUGUGAUCAAUGAAGUUUGGCGAGAUGAAAUCACAACUACAACAACAACAACGACAACAACAACGACAAAAACGACGACGACAACGACGACAACAACAACCACAACAACCACAACCACUACAACGAUGAGAACUCGUCCGACAAUCACUACAACUGAACGAACAAGACCCCCAACUACUCGAUAUGUACCCGAAGUGAGAACACAAGCACCGAGAUGGAGUCCACAUUCUAAUCCAUCCGUUCAAAUCCAUCCUUCAUUGCCGGGACAAAACGGCUUGACGAAAUUAGAUAUCUUGCCUGGAUCAAGAUUGACUCUUGCUUGUAAUGGAACGGGAAAUCCGGAACCGAAUAUUCAGUGGAUUGUUCAAGAAAAGCCUGAAGAUCUUAAGUUCAAAACGGUUUCGCAUCGUGGUCAGCACUAUCUUCGUGCUUACAAUAUCACUUCGAGAGCUGAGUUUCGAUGCAGUGCUCAAAACCCAUCUGGCGCCAGUGUGUGGAGAGUGGUCACCGAGAUUAUUCCGAGAUUAUCCCCCGAUUGGAGAGAGAAUUUGAUUUCGGCUGAAUUCGAUGAUGGAAGUGUGAUGAUUACAGUGGAUCCGAGAUUGGCUCAAUGGCUGGGAAUUAGGGGAAGUUGGAGUCUUUACUUCACCGAUGAUGCCGAUUUGAAGAAUGAUUGGGAGAAAAUUGAAGGAAAUGGGGCGAUGACUGGAAUUCGAUUGGAUGAAACGAAUCAAUGGACAUAUUAUUAUAUCGAGAUCGAGAAUCCCGAGACUGGAGUCUUGAGUCCAAACUUCAAGGUAAUCGCCAGUAACUGGGAUGCAAAUGUCGAGAUCCAGUCACCAAAUCACAACGAUGAUAGAGAUGAUGUU